AUGAACAGUUGUGCUGGCUCUUCUGCUGCCCACCCUGUCCGAGUCGCAUCGCGGCCAAACUUGCGUUUUUGCCGCCGGAGCCAACGUAUUCCGUCCACACGGACGCGAACGGCGCGUCCAGCCUGCACCUCACCGAACGCGCCCACUGGCAGUACUCGCAGCGCGAGCUCGACGCCGUCGAGGUGCUCGUCACUCGAACCGGCCGCGGAAACCGGGUCGGUUGCAUGUUCGUCCGCUGCGCGCCGACGGGGACCGUUCGAGAAGAACCUGUACGCGGAUAUUGAAGCGGCCUGGCAGGUUCUUAGGAACAAGUAUGGCGUGACUCCGGAAAACAUUAUCCUGUAUGGUCAGAGUAUAGGGACAGUGCCAACAGUAGACCUGGCAUCCCGGUACGAGUGUGCAGCAGUGAUCCUGCAUUCUCCCCUCACGUCCGGGCUGCGUGUAGCAUUCCCCGACACCCGUAAAACCUACUGCUUUGAUGCCUUCCCAAGCAUCGACAAGGUCUCAAAGGUUGCGUCCCCAGUACUGGUCAUCCAUGGCACAGAUGAUGAAGUGAUCAAUUUCUCCCAUGGCUUGGCCAUCUACGAGAGAUGUCCACGUGCUGUGGAGCCUCUGUGGGUUGAGGGUGCAAUGACAUCGAGCUGUAUGCUCAAUACCUUGAGAGACUCAAGCAGUUCAUCACCUUUGAGUUGGCUACCUCCUGAAGGCACAGCACAAAGACAAGGACGCGUGCUGGGUUCCUCUUUAUCCAGGGCUGAGGAACGCCAUGAGUACAUGCACUUGCUGAAGAAAAAGCUGGACUCCUUCGAAGUCUCUCUCGAAGCCUUUUCGUCCCUAAAGGGAAAAUGCAUUUUACUGAUUUUUCUUUUUCUAUUCUUUUAUACUUGAAGAAAUAUAGACAUUUUGCACCACAUUCAGUACAUACUAAAUGUUUGUUUGAUUAUUUGAUUUUUUUCUAUGCAUUUUUAAAAUACUCAAGGUUUAAUUAAAUUGAUGCACUUUUCUUGUGCAGAUAUUUUCAGGUUAUUAUAUAUUAUAUGGGGUGGGGGGUUACACAAUAGCAUUCCCUUUUAUUAUGUUAGAAGUAGAUUAGUAAAAUACUUUUUUUUUAUGGCCAGUUUGUAUGCGUGUGCGUGUUUGUCUGGUAAAAAAGGUCACUGCCCAGGAGGCUUGGGCUAAUUAAAAAUGGAAGAACUGUGGAAGUAACCCGUGAAUAAUGAAGAUCUGCUGUGUUCUGUCAAUUACUUCAAAUACAUUGUGUUAGUGGGACUUUUUCUCUUUUCAGUGCUGAAACAUGGCGAUUUGUAGUAAUACAGCAAUCAGGGCAUUGUUUCAGUCUGAACAGUACAUCAUUCUAAAUGUUGAAAUCAAAUGUGCGUUGUAAAAAAAUGUGAAAUUUUAAAGCUUUCUCUGUUUCUUUUAGCAUUGAUGUUACAAUAAGCCUUAUGUUCUCAGACAUUUCGCUCCAGCAUUCCUGUUUCUCGAGAAAAUGGGAUUUUAAAGAUUUUCUCUGGGUUCCUGCUCGUUGCUGCUCCUCUUUGGAAAAUCACUGUGAAAACGUAAACUUCACUAGAUACAAAUAAGGUACAGCUGACCACACAUCACUAUUUAGAAGUUUAUCCCUCAUUCCAGGCAUCAGACUGAUCCCUUGAAAUGAGUAAUAAUAAUAAUAAUAAUAAUAAUAA